ACGAGAACCCCAGUGGGGAAGGACGGGUCAUUUCCUCCCCGGCUAUCUGCACCCUCCCUUGGGGCUUUAAAAACCACAGCCUUCAGGCAGGAGAGAGCCUCUAACCAGCAGAGAACCCAGGGAAGGCUUGAAUAUGGACGCCAUGGCUUCCGUGACCCCGGAUUAUGAUUAUGGCAACUUUACCUAUAACCCCAACAGCUCAGUGGAUAACUCUUCCAAAACCCUCACGCUGGGCACUCCAGAUAAGAUCGCCCUGGUGAUUUUUGCGACCGUCUUCCUGGUGGGAGUGCCGGGCAAUGCCCUGGUGGUCUGGGUGACGGGAUUCGAGGUCAAGCGAACCAUCAAUGCCAUCUGGUUUCUCAACCUGGCAGUGGCCGACCUCCUCUCCUGCCUGGCACUGCCCAUCUUGUUUGCAUCUGUGGUCCAGCACGGCCAUUGGCCCUUCGGUGACGCUGCCUGUAAAAUCCUGCCCUCUCUUAUCCUGCUCAACAUGUACGCCAGCAUCUUGCUCCUGACCACCAUCAGCGCCGACCGCUUCCUGCUGGUGUUUAAUCCCGUCUGGUGCCAGAACUACCGAGGGGCCCACUUGGCCUGGGUGGCCUGCGUUAUGUCCUGGGGCUUGGCUCUGCUGCUGAUCAUACCUUCCUUUAAGUUUCGUAAGGUUCACGUAGAGCACUUCCCGCCCUCGACGAUGUGUGUGAUUGACUACGGUAAAAACGGUUUCUACGCAGAGAGGUCUGUGGCCGUCCUCCGGCUGGUCGUGGGCUUCCUGGGGCCGCUGGUCACGCUUACAGUCUGUUACACUUUCCUCCUGAUCCGGGCGUGGAGCCGCAGUGCUACCCGCUCCACCAAGACGCUGAAGGUGGUGGUGGCAGUGGUGACCAGCUUCUUUGUCUUCUGGUUGCCCUACCAGGUGACAGGGAUGAUGCUGUUUUUUUUACACAAGAAUGGCAUCAAAUUCGUGUCCACUUUGGAUGCCCUGUGUGUCUCCAUAGCUUAUAUCAACUGCUGCAUUAAUCCCAUCAUCUAUGUGGUCGCUGGCCAGGGCUUUCAAGCACGGGUCCUUAAGUCCCUCCCCUCCAGGCUCCGGUAUGUGUUGACUGAAGAGAGUGUGGGCCGGGAGAGCAAGUCCAACACACUCUCCACGAUGGACACCCCGGCGCUGAAGAGCCAGGCAGUGUAAACGGAGGCCUCUCCGGCCACCGUUUUUCCGGCGCUCCACCAAACUUCUGGUCCGUUGACUUUGCUUUUUGGAUCUCAGCCCUUGGUGAGGUGGGUGGUGUUGGUUGAGUGAAUUUGCCUCCAUUCCUUCCACCUUUCUUGGACUUGUCCUUCCUCUUCCAGGCGAACCCUUCCCGUCACUUCUCAUUUCCAAGAUGAACACAUCCUUCUAGGGACCGCCCAGCCUUUCUUUCCAUCCAAAGACUUUAGAAAACAAACAGCAACCAGUAUACCUGGAGUCCUCUGGUGUGCAGAGUGUGAAUAUCUUAGAUACAUAGAACCUAGAGAGAUAGAAACAUUCUAACCUUGAAAAAAAGAGUUCUGUAUUUAUUUCAUGGCGAGUUGGCAAAAAAAAAAAAAAAAAGUGUAACUGGCAUCUCAGAAGUUAUUCUUCUUUAGGACAAAGUAAAAGUCCAUGGACGUAUCUCAGCUUUUGGAAGUGAGUUGAUUUAAAGAAAAACAGUAAGUUGGUAGGUUACUUCACUGGCUUUAAAAAAAAAAAGUAUUAAGUAAAAAGAUGUUAUGCGGUUAUGGUGAAAAGCAAGAAGUGAGGAAGGUACUUAGGGUUGGGAAAUACUGGUUGGGCCCCUCCAGGGAAUGGGCUCUCAGGGAAAUUUGCUGUUUUACAUUGCCAACUGCUGUUUUGUUUCUGCUGGAAAAAAAAAUUAAACGUUUUGUUUUGAUCUCAUUUAGAUCCUCAUGAGGUUGGGUUGUAAGUAAUGAGUGAUCCUGUGUACCUUUGACCUGUUUCCUGCAAUCAGAACAUCUUGCAAAAUGACAUUACAAUAUCACAACCAAGAUGUUGACAUGCAUAUGGUCAAGGUGCAGGACAUUUUCGUCACCACCAGGAUCCCUCAUGACACCCUUUUCUAGCCACCCCCACUCCCUCCACGCUCUCCAGCCUUCUCCCGAGCCCCUGGCAACCAUGAAUCUGCUCCCCAUCUCUGUAACUUGGUCCUUUCAAGGAUGUUGUAUCAAUGGACUCAUACAUAUGUAACAUAAAAGCAUGUAACCUUUGGACUUUAAAUAAAACUAAUGUG